AUGAAUGAAAAGAUGGAUGAUCGAACUGAUGACAAACUACAGUUCCAUGACUCUAAAACUACAGAUUUACAAGCACCAGUUACAGCUGACAGCAGCCCUGCAGAACUCCCUGUUGAAUCCAACUUCCCUAAUAACCCAAAAGGUGGAGUGACCAGGGCAGUAGAGAAGGACCAACCAAAGCCACUGUGUGCACUGCUACCAUCCUCCACGGAGGCUUGCACAGUCUAUGAAGCGAGUCAGUCAUUCACAUCAAAGAGCAGGGAUAAAGAAAGCCUCAAAACCACUAGUGUCCACGCUGAGCCAAACGGAGAGGUCCUUUUGGCCUGUCUCUUCUGCCAUCCACUGGACUGUCUAUUGGCCACCAUGAGAGGGUGUAACGAGUGCGUCUGGUCGCUGUGCUCAUCUCUGUGUGGCUGCGAGUCCACCACCCUGCAGCCUCUCCUGGAUGUCACCCACCACUGUGACCUCUGCGGGUGUCUGGGUGUUCGUUGUUUCCUGUGCGACUGUCCCGUCUGCGAUAUCUGCCUCCAGGCUACAGAGUGCCUGGACCUUGCUAUGGAAAUCUCUCAAAUGCUCUACCACUAA